GAAAACGGCUCAGAACGGACGCGUGCCAGUUAUGAGUCUGUUAGCAAACAGCACGCUUCAGGUGAACGUAUACACCUCGACCAUUCAGAACAGCAAGGGACAGCAUUUGUUUUGCAAAUACUGGGAACCUUCUCAGCGUCCGAGGGCUCUUGUUUUCCUCUCCCAUGGAUAUGCCGAGCACAGCCUUCUCUACGAACCACUUGCCCAGACUUUAGUUUCGCACAAUUUUCUGGUUUUUUCUCAUGACCAUGUUGGUCAUGGUCAGAGUGAAGGUUCCAGAGCCCAGAUAGACACAUUUGAGAAAUUUGUCGACGAUGUUUUCAUGCACGUGGAUAGUAUCAGGAGGAAACACCCCAACUUGGACUGCUUCAUUUGUGGUCAUUCAAUGGGUGGAGCAAUUUCUAUUCUGGCAGCUUUGAGAAAACCAGAUUAUUUCAAAGGCAUCAUUUUGAUUGGCCCUGCUGUUGCAACAAACCCGGAAGUAGCUACGCCUUUUAAGACGACAGUAGCAAAGAUUUUGCGAUGGGUAGCACCCCAGUUUCCGAUAGCAACUCUGGAUUUGACUCUCGUGAGUAGCUGUCCAGAAACAGUAAAAAAAAUGGAAAAAGAUCCAUUACGAUUUCAUGGCUUUUGUAAAGCUGGAUUUGGAGCUUCUCUCGUGGAUGCUUGUAAGGAAAUACAGAGGAGAAUUCCAACCAUUACAUUUCCGUUCAUAAUUUGUCAGGGAGAAGAAGAUAAACUGUGCACUCCCGAAGGUGCCAUUUUUAUGUACGAAAAGUCUGCUUCAGAAGACAAGACCAUCAAGAUGUACCCGAAAGCUUACCACAGUCUUCUUUGCGAGCCAGACGGAAUUGCCGAAGCUGUCACACAAGACAUUCUUGACUGGAUGACGGCAAGAUCAUAAACCAAGGAGCAAAUGAGAUUAGCUAGUAAUCUCUUUUUAAAGAUGCUGUUUUUACAGCUGUAGGACUAUAUUCAUAUUUUAACCAUUUGUUUUUGUUUUUCUAAACUUUUGUGCUCGUGGUUCUAUUUUACUUACAAUAAUCCAAAUUGGGGACUCGCGCACUGAAGCCUUAGAAAUAGGAGACGUCCGCAAAGCAAACAUUGCAUAUUAGUUCAUUUGAUAUUACAUUGCAAACGGAAUUUCUUUUUCUAUAGAAAGUCGUGUUAUUAAUUUUUAUCGGCGAAUUCUCGCUAUUUCUCAGGAUCAUAUCGAUUGAUAACUUGAAAUGUUUUUAGCAAGUUAAAUGUAAUUUUGUAAAAAAAAAAGGUUUUCUACUUUAUCUUCUUCAUCUUAAAAAAAUUCUUUUAUAAUGUAAUAUUUUCUUUUAGGGAGCUUGUCUAGAUAUCAAAAUGUUCAAUUUUAACCUUAUGUCAUCAGUUAAAAAAACAAAAGCUAAAUCUUUUUUUUACUUACUGAUCUGUGUUUAAAAUCCAUAAUGUUCCCCAAACAAUUGUCAAUCAAUUAAUUUUUAUUUUAAUAUUUUGAUCUAAGCAGCCAGUUACCAUAACUGUUUGUAUAAUUUUUAAUAACUAAGAACUGAUUUUUCUGUGCUUCAUGCUACAUUAUCUGAGCGUUUUGUCAUGCGUUUACGGACUGCUAGUAUUUCAGAAUAAUAUUAAAGGACACGUCUUUUCUUUCAGUUUUAUUUCCUGUUUAACAAUCAAUCAAAUAUUAUUUCCAAACAAUAAUUCUCUAAUUCCGAUGAGCAUUGAAUGUUCUUCUGUAUUCUAAUAACAUGACUGAAAUAUGUUCACUUCUUAAAACUCCUUUCAACUUCUCAUCUUUUUCUGCUAGUUAGGAAUCCUAACUCUAAAGUAUUAUGUGAUUCUUGGAAUCUUGGAAUGUAGAAAAUACUGGUUCGUUUUAAUAUUUUCCAUACUCCAAUAUAUAUAUAUAUAUAUAGUCCCAAAAAUAUAUAUUCCUAAAAUCUAUAUAUUCUAGUUCAUAUUUACUAGAACAUAUAAAAAUUAAUUAUGCUUGGUUAGUUACUUUAAAAAAUUACUCCGCUAAGAGUAACAGCAUUUGUUCUCCAAUCCAUUGCUGCCAAUUUCUUUUAUUUAUGUUGAAUUGUCAGUUCGCCAGCCAUUCUACUUUCAUUCAUUUAUAUGCUAAGAGAAUUUCAAAACGUGCAUUGAAUAAAAGGUAAUGGAUACUUUAUCUUUUUUGUAGGUGUCAAUUGAUCAUUUUUCUUUAUUGUAAUUUUACUCAAAGCUGUUUAUUUUUUUCUGAAAGAUUUUGUUUAGAAUUUCUAAAAUUCAUGGCUCUCAGUUGCAUAGGAAUUCCAAAAAAAAAAAAAAAAAUCCAUAAAUGACAGAUGCUUAGAAUUUUCUGAAAGAAACCUAAGAAUUUUUAGAAAAACAAAUUUCUUUUAACGAUAUUUCGCAUUUGAAGAUGAUCAAAUUCAUUUUGAACAGAAUUUCUACUUUUCAUUCUAAUUCUUACUUUAAAGAUCAAAAGGGAAAGGAAGACCAUUGAGAAAUGAUGAGUAAAACUUUGUCAAAUAUAUUUAUCUACUCUCAAACUGUGUUGGUAGAUUUCACAUUUCAAACGUAAUUCUCAGAAAAUUAUAGAUUUAAUAGUAUCUAAUUACACAUGAUUUAUUUAUAAAAAGUACUAUAAUUAUCAUAAUUUUGUUUAUGGCUCUUCUUCGAGAGUUUCAUUUUUAACCUGAUUUGGGAAAAUAACAUUCAUAGUUGAUAAACAAAACUAAACUCUAAAAAAAAAAAAAUAAAAAAAAAACCCUGACAAAAUAUCUAAACUGCUCAAAUAUGCUCAAAAUGUAUGGAUUUGGAAAAUAACAAUUAUAGUCUUGUGUGAUAAUAAAUAAAACGGAACUCUUUUAAAUCAUCAAACCUUUCGUUCGUUUCACUUAAAAGCUCAAAAAACUAAUGGCAAAAUAUCUAAAUGAAUAUGCUAAAAAUGCAUGGAUUUGGAAAAUAACAAUCAUAGACUUGGAUGAUAAUAAACAAAAUGGAAUUCCUUUAAAUGAUCAAGCUUUUUGAUUUUUUCACUUCAAAGCUGAAAAAACUCUUAGCAAAAUAUUUAAAUGAUUGGGUUUGGAAAAUAACAAUCUUAGUCUUGGGUGAUAAUAAACAAAACUGAAUUCUUUUAAAACAUCAAGAUUCUUCUCUUUUCACUUAAAAGCUCAAAAAAUUCGCAUUGAUGAUGUGAUUGAUCUAAUGUGUUGAUGAUGUGUGAUUGAUCUAAAUGAUUGUGCUCACAUGCACUAGAAAAAUACCGAUUGACAUUAUGUUGGUAACAUUUUUCAGCAUUAUUGAUCAGUAAGUGACUAAAUGCGUGCAGUCUGUCUCAAUCGCAAGCCGUCGUUUCAUUUCCAGACCAAAAGUUUUGAAAGCCUCAAGAACAGAACUCAUUGCAUGUUGUAAGAUAUUGCACAAUUUUCAUUAUUUGAAUUUUCCGUGGAAUCAUCAAUGAUCAAAACAUCGUCCUGCGAAAUAGAUGUAUUAUCAACGGAAUGUGCUAGAAAUGCGCACAAUUUGUUACAUCUCGCACAAGUAAGGACCAAAUCAUGAGCUUCGGAAUAUUUUUAAUAUUUUUCAAUCAAAGGAUUCAUUUCUGCUUCUUAUCAACACCAUUUCUUUCAAAUUUUAUGACUGUAAACAUCCAUCUUAAUAUAUUCUGUUUUUAUUUUCUCAAAUAACCUAUGUUUUUAUUUGUUCUUACUUUUAGUGGCAAAAUAAAAAGAAAUAUAAACAGAAACUGUUUCAUUUAAAAAUAAUUACUAAAUUUGUCUUAACAGAAAACUAAAAUUCGCAUGCAAUAUUAGAUGGAUUUGGACAGCUAAAAGUUUUCUAGUUAACAAGGUAUGAGUUUUAUUAAGAAUUUCGUUAGUAACGGAACUACCAUACAACAAAGAAAAGUUACCUUGAAUAUUACACCUUAAUUAGAGUCCAUGACAAAUAAAUCAAAUUUUUCUUUUCUUUCCCAAGCAAAAUAUAAAUAAUUCUUACUUUAUCACAGUUGUAAAAUCCACGAGAACUUUAUUUCUGUUAAAAAUAGUAAGCACUUCGGCUUAAAUUUCUCGAAGAUAAGGUUCUCUUUUUCACAAUUAGAAUAUGCUGUGUCUGACUAGUCUCAGCAUUUAAGAUAUUAUUUCUAAUUAUAUAGUCCUAGAUGGUGAAAAUAUAAAGAUCAUGAUACUCUGAAAGUAAUUGUCUUUAACCAUUUUACUUUCUCAAUGCUCAUUUAUUUUUGGCUCAGUUAUUAUAAAUUUCUAAGGAAAAAUGUAAUUUGCUUAUUGAUAAUUUUUAUAAAGUUUGUCUCUUUCACCUGGACAUAUUUUAUGUCCAUGCAUUGUUCGCAAGUGGCGUCAAAAAUUUUAAUUUCUUGAUCAACAUUUUCAUACUAUAAUGUCAACUCAAUUUACCUGUUUCUUGAAGAAUUUCAAAACAUUUUUUUUUUCUAGUGGACCAUUGCUUUUUUGAUUGCAUUACCUUUAUUACCUUUUAUUCACUUAUCCCUAGACAUUAUACAUUCUUAAUCUAUAUUUUUGCAAAAUGUUUGCUUGAGAAAGGUAUUCUUCGGAUUAUUUUCGGAAGAACGAUUUGAAAAGAUAUGUUUACUAUUGGCACAGUUUUGAUGCAUGCAAUUCUCCUUGAUAUCUUGGAUGGUACUGCAGUCAACCUUAUGACUAAUCAUGAACAAUUUCCAUAUUGUUCCCAGUAUUUAAAAAUAUACAAUGUAUAUUUCGAUGUAUUAUUAAAAAAUAUCCCCAAUCUUAUUUUCAGUCUUUCUAUUUGUUGCGUUUUUCCUCUGCUAUAUCUUUUUAAGUAGUUUAUAACACAUUUCAAUUAUUCACUGUGUAAUUUCAACAAUGUACAAAAAAGAGAUUUCACUAAGUGUACAUCUGUAUUGUCGAGUGUCAUCGUUAUUGUAGUUUUAAUAGGAAAGUGCUAUUGUUUUUAUAAAUGGAAAAUCUUUUGUUAAAAAUCUUCGUAAACACCUAUAAAUGAAGAUUCCAUCCAGGAAAAGACAGCGAAUAAUAAACAUCUUACGCUGUCAAUGGAUAUUUAAUCAGACGCUUAUGCGAAUGGCGUAGAGUAAAUUUAUUCGCAUCGAUUUCAUUAUGUUCAUAUUUUCUAUGUUCACCAUUUAGUUAAGAAAACAUUCUUCACUUUUCAUUAAAAAGUUAAUCUAACAUUUAACUUAUCACUGAAUUUCACAAUUUCUUUAUGAAACUAAUACUAGGUGAUUCAUAUUAGGUGACUGGGGUUGGGUUUGGUAUUUGUUUCUAAUAAUUGUACAGUAACACUCAUUCAAAUCGUGUAAUGUAAGCAUUUCAGUGUUUUUGUUUAUUUUCUUAUUGUAAACAAGCGAUUUGAGAAUUAAUUUUCUAAUAAAGAGAUCAGAACAAAAAUAAAUGUAUUAUAAGUCUUCCACAUCAUUUUGUAUGAAGCAAUAGUUUUGAAUAGUUUUGUAUUUUAUCAGAAAUUUUUAAAUAGUUUACACAUGUUUAAUGAUUUAUGAAGGAAAAGAAGCUUAAAAAGAAAUCUUCAGUGUAUAAUCAAUCUACAAUUAAUUAAAAUGUUUAUUUAUCAUUGAAUACGAUAAAAUAAUGCUAGUUAAUUAUCAAUUUAAUCAAAUCGCGUUAUAAAAAUUGAUAAUAAUUACAGACAGAUUGUAGAUUCUGAAAAAGUAAUAAAUGGAAAAAAGUAAUAAAUAUUCCUCAUAAAAAAUAAGUUUUUAUGAGGUUAAACUAAGUUUUUAAUUUACUGUUUAUUUUUAAAGUUUAAUGCUCGAUUUUUAUAUUCAAAGAUAUGGAUACUUUUGAUUUGCUAUACUUAACUAUUUAUUUAUUAAAAUUAUUAUUUUUCCAAAAAUUAUAAUAUUUGUCACUUUAUUUAUUGAAAUUACUCAUUGUUUAAUUAUUUAUUAGAUAUGAUUUAUCAAAACCUUUAUAUAUUGAAAUUAAAUAUUUCAAUCUCUUUCAGUAAAAAAAAAAAAUUCUUUUGUUCUAUUUGAUUUUAUAUAUAAUAUUUUUCCAUACGAAUUUAUGGAUACAUUGAAUUUUAAUUGUAAUUUUACCUGUUUUGAAUUUGCCAAAUUUCUUUGUGCUAAUAUUUUAUUCACUUUCAUAAGCGUUAAUUUAUUUGCCAUUAUUGAGAAAAAUAAAUGAUGUUCUACAAGUGUAAUAGCAAAUCAAUCUGAUAGUCUUUUUUAAUGCUUAGACUAACACAUGUUUGUAUGCAUAUGUAGCAAUAAUGGAAUUUGUAUACUCUAAUUAAAUAAUAAAGUAUGUGCUUAAUUUUUUUUUCAAAUAACAGAAGCCUUGAAACACAAAAUGUGACAGUUUUGAAUCUUUGAAAGUUAUUGUUUUUGCUGUCUGAAAAAAAAAAAACUCUUUAUUGAAUAAAAAUUUUACCACUGAAACAUCAUUAAUGAAUUUUACAUUGUGUAUCCAGAGAAAGAAAGUGGUGAUAAAAUAUUAUUUCGACAAUAGUUGUUAUUAUACAAUGUAAUGCUCCAUUUUAUAAAUAAUUUCCAAUGUUUUUUUUUCUCUUUUAAACGAACAAAUCUAGUUAAUUUUUUGUUUACUUUGUAUACUGUAUAAUUAGUACUUAUUCCCAGUAGUUAUUGUUUAAGAGUUGAUAAGAGUUUGUGAUAAAGAGUUCAUGUUGCAUUCAAUGAGCAUAACAUGAAACUAUGGAUCUGUUUCUAUGGGACAUGAAUGAAAUAUUUUGGAAGGAAGGUUACUUUUCCUCUUGUGUGGACAAUUGUAUGAUCCAACUUCAAGGCUGUAAACUUUAUUUUAAUAAAUGAUUAAUUGAUUUA